AUGUCUGACGCCGACCUCGAGGCCGUCCGACGGCUCCAAGCUGAGCGCAACGCCGCUGCUUCUCGUCAAAAAGGUUCUAGGACUUUUGACCCAUCUGGUCAACGUACUGAUAACUCGACCAAGGCCUCCCUGACGGACUCCUUCGAUACCACUUUGUACGAUCGGGAUGGGGCGGAGAAAUUCUCAGGCUACAACACAUCCAUCGCCGUUAAUGGCGACGACGAGGAAAUGGAGGAUGCGAACGGAGGACACAGUUUGGUUGGCCAGUACACUGCCACCAGAAGCCAGAUCGAUGAGAUGGCGCAAGGAAAUGGGGUUGAGGAGGAGGACAUCCUGCUAGGUCGUGAGAAGGCAGCCCGAAUUGCAGACCGCGAGACGGACUACCAGAAGCGCCGAUUCAACCGCGGACCCUUGACUCCUACACGCGCCGAUCCCUUCGCCGCCAACGCCCACGCGAAUGUUGAGGGAGAAGGCCAAACCUAUCGUGAGGUGAUGGCCCUCCGUGAGAUUGAGAAGGAGGAAGAGCGCGUGCAAAAAUUGAUUGCGGAGAAGCGAGAGCGGGGUGAAGAUGUGACAGAGCAUGAGGCCACCCUGAAGACGGUGGAGCACGACAAAGAAAACGCCGAUACUGGCUCGACAGUUCAAGUGGCCACCAGCAAGAAGCGUAAGAAGAGAUGGGAUGACGCGGCCCCGGAGCCUGCUCCUGAGGGAGAGGACCAGGUCGAGCAAUCCGUAGCCAAAAGCAAGCGAUCACGUUGGGAUCAGACGCCCGCUCCUGGUGCGCCCGAUGAAGCUCCCAAAGCCCGCUCGCGAUGGGAUCUAGCGCCCUCUCUCACAGCUGCGACGCCCGUCGGUAACCAAGGACUCGCCACCCCCAUGCACCCAUCCCAAGGUGCGCCUGUGGCUUCUGUCAAUCUCGGGGCCGGUCAGGUCAUCGGGUGGUCCGAUGAAGAGCUUGAUAUCAUGCUCCCUGGCGAGGCUGAUGGCUACAAGGUCCUUGACCCUCCUCCUGGAUACGAGCCCAUCAGAACCCAGGCUCGCAAGCUCACGGCCACACCAGCGCCUAUGGCUGCUGGCGGCGUGGGAGGAUUCAUGAUGCAAGAGCCAGAAAGUGUUCGGUCUAUGGGCAAAGAACUUCCGACUGAUAUUCCCGGCGUUGGUGAUCUUCAAUUCUUCAAGCCGGAGGAUAUGGCCUACUUUGGUAAGCUGAUGGAAGGUAACGACGAAACCAGCAUGACCGUUGAAGAAAUGAAGGAGCGGAAGAUCAUGCGAUUGCUGCUCAAGGUCAAGAACGGCACUCCGCCCAUGCGAAAGACUGCCCUGCGGCAACUCACAGACAAUGCGCGCAACUUUGGUGCUGGACCUCUUUUCAAUCAGAUUCUGCCUUUGCUCAUGGAGAAGUCAUUGGAGGAUCAGGAACGCCAUCUGCUGGUCAAGGUCAUUGACCGUGUUCUCUACAAGCUCGAUGACUUGGUUCGUCCCUAUGUUCACAAGAUUUUGGUCGUCAUUGAGCCCUUACUCAUUGACCAAGACUAUUAUGCGCGUGUUGAAGGUCGAGAAAUUAUCUCCAACCUUGCCAAGGCCGCUGGUCUCGCCACAAUGAUCAGUACGAUGCGUCCUGAUAUCGACCAUGUUGACGAGUACGUGCGAAACACCACAGCACGAGCUUUCGCCGUUGUGGCCUCUGCCCUCGGUAUCCCCGCCCUCCUUCCUUUCCUCCGUGCUGUUUGCCGCAGCAAAAAAUCCUGGCAAGCCCGACACACCGGUGUCAAGAUUAUCCAGCAAAUUCCCAUUCUCAUGGGAUGCGCCAUUCUGCCUCAUCUCAAGGGCCUGGUUGACUGCAUUUCGGAUAACCUCAGUGAUGAGCAGGCCAAGGUCAGGACUGUCACCGCUUUGUCUGUGGCUGCUUUGGCCGAAGCUGCCAACCCCUAUGGUAUUGAAAGUUUCGAUGAGAUUCUGAAUCCUCUCUGGACCGGUGCCCGCAAGCAGCGUGGCAAGGGUCUCGCUGCCUUCCUUAAGGCCGUAGGCUACAUCAUUCCUCUGAUGGACGAGGAGUAUGCCAACUACUAUACCACUCAAAUUAUGGAAAUUCUUCUUCGAGAGUUCUCCUCACCAGAUGAGGAAAUGAAGAAGGUGGUCUUGAAGGUGGUCUCUCAGUGUGCCAGCACCGAUGGUGUGACUGCUAGUUACUUGAAGGAGCACGUCUUGACAGACUUUUUCAAGAGCUUCUGGGUCCGACGCAUGGCGCUUGACCGCAGGAACUACCGCCAGGUGGUCGAUACGACCGUGGACCUGGGCCAGAAGGUGGGCGUCGGCGAGAUCCUUGAGCGCGUCGUCAACAACCUGAAAGACGAAAGCGAGCCCUACCGUAAGAUGACUGUGGAAACCGUGGAGAAGCUGAUUGCAUCCCUCGGGGCCGCAGACAUCUCCGAGAGACUGGAAGAACGUCUCAUCGACGGUGUUCUCUUCGCAUUCCAGGAGCAAAGCAUCGAAGACAUUGUCAUCCUCAAUGGAUUCGGUACCGUGGUGAAUGCACUUGGCACACGAUGCAAGCCAUAUCUCCCUCAGAUUGUCAGUACGAUCCUUUGGCGCCUGAACAACAAGUCCGCCACCGUUCGGCAGCAAGCCGCCGAUCUCAUCUCCCGCGUUGCGAUGGUCAUGAAGCAGUGUGGUGAGGAUGCUCUCAUGGGUAAGCUUGGUAUCGUUCUUUAUGAAUACCUGGGUGAGGAGUACCCAGAGGUUCUGGGUUCAAUCCUGGGUGCUUUACGUUCCAUCGUCACCGUGGUCGGUAUCAACCAGAUGCAGCCACCUAUUCGAGACCUCCUUCCCCGUCUCACACCCAUCCUGCGUAACCGUCACGAAAAGGUGCAGGAGAACACCAUCGACUUGGUCGGUCGUAUUGCCGACCGUGGACCGGAGUCGGUCAACGCCCGUGAAUGGAUGCGUAUCUGUUUCGAGCUGCUGGAUAUGCUCAAGGCCCACAAGAAGGGAAUCCGCCGAGCAGCCAACAACACAUUCGGCUUCAUCGCCAAAGCCAUCGGACCACAGGACGUUCUGGCCACUCUCCUCAACAACUUGCGAGUCCAGGAGCGUCAGUCCCGUGUCUGUACGGCCGUCGCCAUCGGUAUCGUCGCCGAAACUUGUGCUCCCUUCACGGUGCUUCCUGCCCUGAUGAACGAGUACCGAGUACCAGAACUCAACGUACAAAACGGUGUCCUCAAGGCCCUGUCCUUCUUGUUUGAAUACAUCGGCGAGAUGGCCAAAGACUAUGUCUACGCCGUCACCCCGCUGCUGGAGGAUGCCCUUGUCGACCGUGACCAAGUCCACCGACAGACCGCCGCCGCCGUCGUCAAGCACGUCGCCCUCGGUGUCGUCGGCCUCGGCUGUGAGGACGCCAUGCUCCAUCUGCUCAACCUGACCUUCCCCAACAUCUUUGAGACCAGCCCCCACGUCAUUGACCGAAUCAUCGAAGCCAUCGAAGCGCUCCGCAUGGCGAUCGGCACAGGAACUGUGAUGAACUAUAUCUGGGCCGGAUUGUUCCACCCUGCUCGCAAGGUGCGCACGCCUUACUGGAGAUUGUACAACGAUGCCUAUGUCCAGGCGGCGGAUGCCAUGGUCCCUUACUAUCCGGACAUGGAGGGUGAGGCGGACCGACCGGAGUUGUCGAUCAUUGUUUGA